CUCCUGCGGACAGCGGCAGGAAAAAUACAAAUUACAUAACCUGCAUAGCUGGUAUUGCAAUUAGAAUUAGUCCAGGCCCUCGGUAUAGAGACCAAAUGCCGAAAAUCCGAUACGUUUCAGAGAGUCUGAUUCGGGUUCGGUGAGAUUUAAGCAAGCACAAAGCAAGCACACAGAAAAGCAAGCCACCAGACCCGAAACACCGAUCCCCAGCGAGCCACCGCGGAUGGAAACGUAACGCCACCCAGCUCAGCUCAGCUCAGCUCCGGAGCCCACCACACAAGGACAAGGAUCCACCAGCAGCUCGGAUAACGCAAACAAUUUCGAAUUGCAGAUCUUCGCUCUACCACCCGCUACCCGCUACCAACAACAACAACAACAACCGCACCCGCAUUCGCAUCCGCAACCAAAACCGAGAAAUGUCGUCAUCCCGCUUGCCCUACAACCAGCAAGACCAGUCGGAUCACCAUUAUCGGCGCGGCGGACGCGGCCAGCAGCGCGGCUACUACGAUCGCGGCUCCUCCGGAUCUUCCAGUGCCUACAGGCAUAGGGACCGGGAGAGGGAGCGGGACCGAGACCGCAGCCGCUCCUCGGAGCGUCGCCGCUACAGUCGCUCCUACUCCCGUAGCGUCAGUCAGAGUCGCAGCCGAUCGCGUUCCCACUCUGUGGAGCGCUCCAACCACAGGCGUCGCCGUCAGGAGCAGCGUCACCCAAACCGCUACCACAAGGAACAACGGGAUCGUUCCAGGGAUCGCGACCGGGACCGGGACCACUCCCGGCGCGAAAGCAGCUACUACCGCCGCUCGGAGUCGCCCGGCAACAGUUCCGGACCCGCCAGCACCAGCAGCAACAAUCACAGCCAGCGGAAAGGUCAGAAUCCAAGCACAUCCUCUGAACAGUCGGAGCAAAGCGCUCACCCGAAGGCAGCCAUAACCCCGGAACUGGGACAGGGCCAACCAGGCGGCAAGGCCAAUCCCGUGGGUGCCUACUACAACCUGGACACCGACGAGCCGAUCGACAAGGAGCGCAUACACCGCGAAAUGGAACAAAAGCUGCGCGAAGCUCUGGCCAGAGAAGGCAAGGUCUAUCCGCCGCCCAAGCCCGAGCCGCCCUCCCAUCCGGUCUUUGCCAAUGACGGCUCCUUCAUGGAGCUAUUUAAGAAGAUGCAACAGGAACAGCAGCAGCACCAAGUGGUUGAUCAUCAAAUGGCGGCGGCGGCGGCCUCCACGUCGCUCUCCGCCGCUGCCGGGCGGGAGCAGAUCCUGCAGCAGCAGCACCACCACCACCAGUCCCACUUUAAUGCAACAGAAGCCGCCACGGCAAUGGUUCCACUGCCCGCGAUCGCAGCCGGGGCGGCCAGUAGUAGCGCUGCCCCGUAUAUUGCGGCUGCAGCGGCCGGGAAGCUGGCUCCACCCCCGCCGCUCGUUGGUCGGCGACGCGGUGGCAAGAUCCUGAAGACGGGCGUGGUGGCCAAGGUGAAGACUCCGAACGAGAGCGAUGUGGAUCCGAAGGACUUCUGGUCGCUCUACCUGGCGGAGGUGAACAAGUACAAGAGCAACGCCUGCGACACGGAUAACGGAAAGCGUCCGCUGGUCAAGUAGUGGCGCCAGGGCGCCCAGUGGCAGUUCCUCGUGGAAAUCUGAACUGAAUGCAGGCAGAAAACAAACGUUAACUCUUCAGCACCCCGCAGAAUAAUGUUUCAAGAGGAGAACACUUAUUCGAGCCAUUUAACUAAUUUAACUUCAAACUUCAAACUCCCCUCCUCGAUAGACUCCCCCUCCCGAACACUCUUUCGUCCUCCGAACUCCCCAGACCUCCGAAGAUUACCUGGAUUGUAGAUUGUAGAUUGUAGACCUAGAGGGCAUUCUUCUCAUUUUUUGUUUGUUUUUUAAAAGUAAGCAAGCGCAGAGAAAUUUGUAUUGUGAACCAACACGGUUAUGAAGUGUAAGUCGAGGGACUGCAGAACCCCGAGACUCGGCCCCGAGACACGUAUCUUAAAACAAAUAAACGUAGCAUAGAUCGUAAGCCAUAAACAUAGAUUUGUAUACAAUUAUGUACCGCUAUAUACACCAUAUACCGCUCAUUCGCCAUUGAGAAGUGUGAAAAAGACUAA